CAACGAGGCACAGUCCUGGCAAAGCGUGUUACUAUUUAAUGACGUAUUUAUGAAACCGAUGCCGGGGAGUUGUUGUGAGGGAGGCCUUUACGUGCUGGUGGAUUUUAUCUCCUGCAAGGGAGAAGCCAUCAGCUGGUAUUGCUGUCGCUUCGGCAGCUGCAUCCCCACUGAUUGUGGUGCUGGCGGCUCCCUCGACACCUCCAAAUUCAAAUGUGAUGAAGUCACCACCUCCAUCGUGCAGACCGCGAUUGGCGCGACCACGGUAUCGCUGCAGGUACAUGACGGCCGAAUCACUGGCAACUACGACUGCAGCGCCCCGGGUGCCUCCUGCUGCGGUGGCGCUGGUGGCGCAUGCGCGGUCAUAUCGGGCGUGUGCGACGACGUAAUCGUGCCCAUCACAGGCCUCGACACGUAAGCGGCUUGUUCCAUUCGGACGGGAUGCUUCGGCGCCUAGGGUUUGACUGCAUGCAUGCCUGCCAUUACGGUAACUGCAGUACCAUGUAAGGUAGGAUGCCA